GAACACAUCGAUGUCUGACCUCCCGACUCAGCCAGCAGCACACGAUAAAACCUGCGUAUUGUAACCUGAAUCAGCAGCGCCGCUAAACAGAAUGGUUUCCCUUUCCCAUUGAGACCAAUAUGUGUAGCCUGUGUGUGUUUAGUUUGAGUGCAGCGAGCUCACAAAGUGCGCAGAGCGUUUUAUCUCGGUAGCUGACGUGAACGCUAGCUGUGCGAAGCGGCUGUCUCUAAAUCUGGCUCCUUCAAUCGCUGAACAGACACCUCUCUGUUGGCUAAGCACCAUGUAUUUGUUACGUUUAGUGUGCCGCCACAAGACAGCCCUGGUCAUUGGCACUGUGUGCAGCUUUGCUGUAGUUCUUGUCUUCUUGGCCAAAUGUACCUCAGAAACUUUGAAACAGGGCCAUGCAGAUCCUCCAGGCCUAGCCCCCCAUGCCAUUGCAUUGCAACCCCGUCCAGAGCAGCAUAAUCCCUCCUCCACAUCCAAAGACUUGUCAGCAUUUCUCGUGGUCCUAAUCACAACCGGUCCUAAGUACACUGAGCGCAGGAGCAUCAUCCGCAGCACCUGGCUGGCCAAGCGGGACUCCGAUGUUCUGGCCAUGUUUGUGGUAGGAACUCAGGGGCUUUCCAGCGAGGACCUUCAGAACCUUAACACAGAGCAAGGGCGGCACAAAGACCUGCUCUUAAUGCCUGACUUGCGAGAUUCCUACGAGAACUUAACACUCAAGCUGCUUCACAUGUACUCCUGGCUGGACCAGAAUGUGGAGUUCAAGUUUGUCCUCAAAGCAGAUGAUGACACAUUUGCUCGCUUGGACCUCCUUAAAGAGGAACUGAAAGGGAAAGAGCCCAGCCGGUUGUACUGGGGCUUCUUCUCAGGGAGAGGGCGAGUGAAAACUGCUGGGAAGUGGCGGGAAAGCGCUUGGGAGCUCUGUGACUACUACCUGCCCUAUGCGCUGGGUGGUGGCUACAUCCUCUCGGCUGAUCUCGUGCGUUACGUUCAUCUUAACGCAGGCUACUUCAAAACGUGGCAGAGUGAGGAUGUGUCCCUGGGCGCCUGGCUGGCACCAGUGGAUGUUCGACGGACUCAUGACACACGCUUUGACACAGAGUACAAAUCGCGUGGUUGCAACAACAAGUACUUGGUGACACACAAGCAGAGCUUAGAGGACAUGUUGGAAAAGCACCAGACUCUGCAGCGUGACAACAGGCUGUGCAAGGAAGAAGUCAAGCUGCGAUUGUCCUAUGUGUAUGACUGGAGUGUGCCACCCUCACAGUGUUGUCAAAGAAAGGAUGGCAUUCCUUAAUGUUUCUCCUUUUCACAAAGCUGAAGUUGGCUUCCACUUUGGAAAAGUUAACUGAUAAUGUUCCUCUGCCAGUUCUCUGUUGUUACACCAUAUUAAGUUGUGAAAAGGGAGACACAAUAGUAAAAGACUUCUUGAUGUUAAAUCCCGUUUCAGGUUGUAAAAUCCUGAAAAAAGGGUUAUUUUAAUGUUACUUUGUUUUCUCCAUUCAAAACAUGUAAGAGCAAGUUAAGCUCAAAAACUACUAUACACAAUAUUUUUUUCUCUGUUUUCACAAACCUAAAACCGGGUUUAAACAAUCUUUAGAUUCACCAUGUCAAUUUAUUCAGGGUUUGACAAGUUUAAUGGUUGUUGAGCUAGAUCUGGUCUAAUGUGGUUCUAGUGGACAAAAGCUAAAUACAAUUGCCCUUCUUGUAUUUUCACAAACAAUACAGGUUUUCACAAAUAUGUUAAUCCAGUCCAUGUUUGACAAAUACAGUAUUUUUCUUUUUUAAAUCCAAACCUAUGUAAGGUGGUCUGAAUGGAGAAAAAAUCAAAUCACCUUAUUUUCAGCUCUCGCGGAGUGGGGUUUUAAACAGUCCUGGAUUUUUUACUACUGAGUUUCGCAACUCUUAAGUAGUGUUACAGCAGAGACUUGGCUGAGAAAUAUUAUUCCUAUUACUCCCAAAACACAAGCUAAGAGUCAGAAGCCAAUUCCAUGUCCUUGUGAGUUCCUUCGGCCUUGUCAUGUUGACCCAUGGUCAUGUCAGUGCUUUCUUUCCCGCCAGCUGACCACAUUGGUGGCUUACUUCUCUCUCUCUCUCUGUCUGUGCUUAUUCUGCUGUACCUCUUGCUAAAUAUGUUCAAACACUAUGAGAUAUGUUUCGAAGGUUGUUUCAGUGUAGUAGAUAGUACAGGGGAACACAGACGGGAGAGUCUUACCUUGCCAUGAUGUCUACAUUUUGGUUGUGAAAGAAGUUUUUUUUUGUAUUUUAUUUAUUGUUAAUUUAUUAUGCAGCAAACCCAACACACUGUUAUUAGGUUUGGAUAGAGCCACAGUGGAUGUGGUUACUGCUUGUGAGUAGAAUUUGUAUUUAUAAACAUGUCGGGACAUAAAAUUUACAGAAUUUAAUGGAAAAGAAAUGUCAAGCUUUUGUUUACGGUCAACGGUACACAAGGUGUUUCAUGACUUGCACAGAAUGUGUCAGAGAAAAUGGUUGAAUGUGUUUUAUUCAGCAGCUGGCCUUCUUAUUCCCUUUAUGUGGGGAGUUAGUGAUGAUAUUUACAUUUCCAAGGCAACAGCCACACUUUAAAGUGGAGGUCAGUACACUUACUGUGCAGAGAUAUCAAGUUAUUUGUGAAUGUUUGUUUGCAGCGUAUCACAGAUUCAGACUGAGAAACUCGAUAUAGACCAGCAGCUGGCACUUGGUCACUUUUUUAAACGAGAAAUAUUAUUUUAAAGUCAAUAAAUCAUGAGUUAUUAUUUGUUUUAUUAUUUGUUUUUUGUUUUUCUGAUGUUAGGCUCUCCAACCCAAACUUGCCCUGUGAUGACAGUAGCUGUGUCCCAAAGCUUUGACAUAUGUGCAGCAGCUUUGAUUAUCCGGUACAAUAUGUUGGUGUACUGGUUAAGUAAUUAAGGAAUGCUGAUUUUUUAAAAA